CGCAAUGUGCCACUGCGGUGUCUGCGGUAUCUCUUCAUAUUUCCAGACAUUUUUCAGUCACUUUUGGGAAGUGGUCCAACGACAACCCUAAGUAAUAGAAUUAAUGAUUGACCUCUUCCUUCUUGCAACCCUUGACCGCCAAGUGGACAUCAAACGUCUUAUGGGUUGAAGGGAGAGAAUAUGUCGACAGUAGAUCUACAGUGUGUUAGUUGAGAAGCGGUUGUACACUUUCUUGCGUGCUCAAAGGAACGUUUUUAAUUAAUCCAUUAUAAAGCGUUGUAAAUAAUUGACGAAAGGAUACAAUUAUUAAACUGUUAGUGGUAAUAUUAACUCUUAAACCGAUUUCUUAUGGUGUUUCCAGUCGAAUGUUUCCACUUCACAAGAUAAGAAAAUGUCUAGUGCAUUAACACUGCCCGAUGACGUCAUGAUCGAUCUUGGUCCGCCAUUUGUAAAGAAUAGUUCCAAAGGAAAACGGGCACUUUUUCAGCAAAUUCAGAGAAAAUGGAAGACCCAAACUCCUCAGCCUACAACAACAUGAUAACAGUGGUUCAGAGCGACGCCGGUGGUGCUGAAGUCACUGACACUGGUCAAACCUAUGUCAUCAGUGGCGGGACUCACCACGACGCCAUCUCUGGCACUGUACAGUAUGUGAUCAGUGGCAGUGACAUGACUCAAGGUGACGCCACCCAGGCGUAUGUUAUCAGUGGUGACAGCGCAGUAGACGGCCAGACGUAUGUCACUAUCAACAGUGGAGGGAUGCAAGAGGCUACAAUGGAUGGUGCCUCAGCUUAUGUCAUCAACCCAGGCACUGGGGACCAGAAUGUGUACAGCAAUAUUAUCACCCUGGUGGCCACGGAGCAGGGUCAUCUGGUGCAGACUGACCAGAUAGAACAGGAGAAUAUUGACCCCCAGGGCCAGCUUACCCAGGGGCAGCUCACCCAGGUACAGACAUCCCAACAGCAGCAGCAGUCCGUAGCCACCGUGAUGCCGAGAGCUGCGCCAGACGUGAUACGACCACCUGUUGGCAAGGGGCCAUUUCAAUGUGACUUCUGUGAGAAACAGUUUCCAAAAUGGGGUCAGCUAACACGCCACAUGAAGACCCAUGAUGAAGACAAGCCUUUUAGAUGUACUGAGUGUGAGUCAUCCUUCAACAUUGAGGACAACCUUCGUCUGCACAUGGCGACUCACUCAGAGGAUCUGAUCUGUCCAGAGUGUGGUAAGAAGUUCAACCGGCUGACCAGUCUGAAGGGGCACAUCCUGGUCCAUGUGAAGGAGGAAAUCCUCAUUUGUCCUGAGUGUGGGGACGAGUUUGGCACACAGCACCAGUUAGACAAACAUUUAAUAGAGCACAGAGAAGAGGAAGAUGGCGGCGCUGAAUACACGUGUAAACAUUGUGGACAGAUAUUUCACAAGAUGUCAGUUCUCAGAGAUCAUAUGAGACAACACACUAAAGUCAGAAUGACGUUCAGUCAACCCAAGUAUAAGAGGAACGUUGACCGCAGUGGGUUCUCUCAGAGGUGUCAGUACUGUAACAAAACUUUUCAGAAACCCAGCCAGCUGACACGACACAUCAGGAUUCACACAGGGGAGCGUCCAUUCAAAUGUCCGCACUGUGAGAAAGCUUUCAACCAAAAGGGGGCGCUGCAGACACACAUAGCUCAGCAUGAGAAGCACAAGCCACACAAGUGUCACCUGUGUCCUAUGUCCUUUACACAGAAAGGAAACCUCAGAGCUCAUCUUCAGCGUGUUCACACAGACCUGGAGGAGUACGAGGGCCCCAUCUACCAGUGUGAGGAGUGCAGCUGUCAUUUCAGAAAACUGGGCAGUCUGAACGCGCACAUGAGUAGAGUCCAUGCUGAGAAAAUCUUGGACACAGACGCCUGUCCCCCACAGGACUCCUCGGGAGAACCUGCUGCCAGAAAUGUCAACGAUGUCAUCCAGCAUCUCCUGCAGCUGUCAGAGCAGACGCAGGACAACGGGCAGCAACAGUCACAGCAACAACAACAACGACAGCAGCAACAGCAGAAACAGCAGCAGUCUGAGCAGAUGAUGACAGGAGACAACAGUAACUCAGACAUCCUGCAGCAGGCCCUGGAGAGUACAGGCCUCACAGGGACAGAGGGCAGUCAGACGUCCACUGGUCUGGGGGCCUCUCACAGCAACAUUGUCCAGUCUAGCAGAUCAGGAGUGACCACCACGCUGAGUAUACGAGACGCAGCCACGGGGACGAUGAAGAAACACAUCAUCAGAAAAGUGAAUGGCGUGAGGUGGCAUCAGUGCACAUACUGUUCCAAGGAGUUCAAGAAGCCCAGUGAUCUGGUCCGCCACAUCAGGAUCCACACCCAUGAGAAGCCAUACAAGUGCUCCCAGUGCUACCGCUCUUUUGCUGUGAAGAGCACCCUCACAUCACAUCUGAAGACUCACACUGGAAUCAAGGAAUUUAAAUGUGCAGUGUGUGACAAGAUGUUCUCCACUCCUGGCAGUCUGAAGAUACAUCUCCGCUUACACACAGGUACUAAACCUUAUGACUGUCCUCAUUGUGACAAGAAAUUCCGUACAGCAAGCCAUCGUAGAAACCAUGUGGGCUCACAUUUACGUGACAUGCAUGCUGAGGCUGCAGGCAUCACGCGGAAGGUGCGAAAGGUUGUGCGACGACCUGCGAAAUCUGAUCUUCAGCUUCCUGAUGUACCCUUGCAGGAACCUAUUUUAAUCACAGACACAGGUCUAAUCCAGCAGCCCCCCAGGAACAGCCACAUGUUUACCCAGUAUCUGGGGGAGGCAGGCAGCGUGGACAGACCAUACAAGUGUGGCUACUGCUCACGGGGGUUUAAGAAGUCCAGUCAUCUCAAACAACAUAUUAGAUCUCAUACAGGUGAGAAACCAUACAAAUGUCUACAGUGUCACCGCUCCUUCGUGUCAAGUGGCGUCCUCAAAGCUCACCUGCGUACGCACACGGGGACCAAGAACUACAAGUGUCUCAUCUGUGACAGCUCUUUCACCACUAACGGCAGCCUGAAGAGACAUAUGUCCACCCACAGUGAGGUGAGACCGUUUAUGUGUCCUUACUGCCAGAAGACCUUCAAAACCUCUGUUAACUGUAAGAAACACAUGAAGACACACAGACAUGAACUUGCCAUGCAAGCCAUGCAGCAACAGCAGCAGACAGCUCAGCCAAUCAGAGAGACCCAGGAACCCCAUCGAGAGGAAUUUGUGGCCCCCAUGCCUCCCCAGGACGAGCAGCAUGCGAGCAGUCUGGUGCUGCAACAAGAGCUGGACCAGCAGAGGGGGAUGGCUCAGCAAGGUUUAGGUCAGCAGGACCUAAACCAGCCUAGCUUGCUCCAUGACAACCUAGAUCAACAGUUACAGCAGACUCUGAACCAGCAGGUCCUUGGUCAACAGAACAUCAGCCAGAGUCUCUUAAAUCAACAACCCAACCUCAACCAGCUCCUGGCUCAGAACCAGUUUACUGCUCUACAGUCUGGUAACCUUCAGAGUGCCCUGGACUCCCUGACCACUUCUUUCCCUCAGACCACUCCAGCCAUAGGGUCAUCACUGCCCAGUACUAACAUGAACAACAUACUACAGACCAGGGAGCCAUUAUUGGACGACGGAGAAGUGGACAAAGAUGACGGUUUACUGGAGGAGGAAGAGGAAGAGGCCAAGAAGACGUACAGGUGUGGCUACUGUGAGAAAUCCUUCAAGAAAUCCUCCCACCUCAAGCAGCAUGUCAGGUCACACACAGGAGAGAAGCCAUAUAAAUGCCUGCAGUGUGGCAGGAUGUUUGUCUCAAUGGGAGUUCUCAAGGCACACUUAAAGACCCACUCUGGCCAGAGAGACUUCAAGUGUGAAAUCUGCAACGCCUUAUUUACUACGAACGGCUCUCUAACGCGUCACAUGAUGAUCCACAGCAGCAUACGCCCGUUUAAAUGCAUGUACUGCGAGGAGACGUUUCGCACGUCUGUGUUGUGUAAAAGACACAUGAAGCUGCAUAAGGAGAGUAUUGACAACGAGGAUGAUGGAGAAGAUGAAGAGGAAGGAGUCCAGAAGCGUACACGCUCUGCCGUCAUCCAAUUUACAGAAGAACAGGCUGCGGAACUUAGGAAAGCAAUGCCAGACGAACACGCCUCCCUCUCUGAGAAAAUUCUCAUCGAAUCAGCGGCUGAGAAGGAAAGAGUCAGUGAGAUGGAUAAAGAGCCAGAGAAGGAACCCAAAUACGCUCAUGCUUGUGAUAAAUGUCCCAAGAGCUUCAAGAAACCAAGUGAUCUUGUCCGCCAUAAGCGAAUCCACACAGGAGAGAAACCUUACGCCUGCACAAUCUGCUCUCGAACUUUCACGGUCAAAUCUACACUAGAUUCCCAUAUGAAAACACACAGACCAACUGAGAAAGUUUUCAAGUGUCAUGUCUGCAACUCCAACUUCUCCACAAAAGGAAGUCUAAAAGUGCACAUGCGCCUGCACACUGGCGCAAAGCCCUUCAAGUGCCCACACUGUGAUGAACGUUUCCGCACAUCUGGACAUCGCAAAAGCCACAUUCAGACCCACUUCCGCCCCGCUCAGCCCAAACGCAGGAAGACCAGCACGCGCCACAACAUUAACACCACAGACAUGCAGCAGGUGGGCCAGGUGUUAUACAACACUGACCAGAACAUUCAGGCCACACUGGGCAACCAGGUCAUCAGCCUUGACCCCUCACUACUCCAGCAGACGCUGAUGCCUGUGUCGCUGUCCAUUCCCGACCAGCUGACAGCUACAGCGGGUAAUAUGGUGACCACUGGCACCACGGGAGGGGAGUCGAAUAUCUCGGCUCAGGUGUUACAGGGAAUGGAAGGUAUCCAGCUACAGGUGUCCGGAGGGACUGGUCAGGCCAUCCACAUCACUGGGAUUGACCCCAACCUGCUGACCCAGACUGUCCAGAUAGACGCCAACCUCCUCCAGCAACUACAGGCACAGGGCAUCAAUCUGUCUAUUAACCCAAAUAUUGUCACACAGGCAUUCCAGAGCACCGACACCAAUCUGUUAGCAGGUGUCCAGUCACAGGUGACCGUCACUGACCCCAGCAGUAUCCUGGUCCACCCCAUGGGGGGUCAGGGGGGUCAAACUGCCCAGGGGGGUGCUGGCGGGAUCCACGUGGGAGGAGAGGAACACCAUUUUGGAGUGGAAGAGCCGGCCAUGGAGGAGAGUGUGGACACCACCCCAGCUAACACCAUGGAGUUGACCACUGACACUGUGACCACUACAGACACAGGGGAUGACCACCUGCAGGAUGCCAUGGAAGCUACAUCCACUGACCCAGACAGACCUUUCCUGUGUCAGAUAUGUAAUAAGACAUUUAAGCGUCUGCCUCACCUGAAGGAGCACAUGCAGUCUCACCUUGGUCAGAACCGUGCCCGCCCCACCCCCUACCAGUGUGAACAGUGUGGGAAGUCCUUCAAUAAACCAAGUCAGCUGGAGAGACACGUCAGGAUACACACAGGUGAGCGACCUUUCCAGUGUGACCUUUGCCCCAAGGCCUUCAACCAGAAGAACGCUCUCCAGAUGCACCUGAAGAAGCACAGCGGAGAGAAACCGCACACCUGUUCUUACUGCGACAUGUCCUUCACGCAGAAAGGCAACCUCAAAGUCCACAUCAAACGCGCUCACCACCGCGACAUGGUGGACUCCAUGAAUCUGCCAAAGGAUGUCCCCAACCUCGAGACCGUCCUCGAGGAAGGUGAAGGUCACCAGAGCGUCACAGAUUUCUCCGGGGUUGUUGGUGAUCUGUGGUCCAGUAACUAACAGAAGCAACACCCGGGACUCAACUACGGGAAGCAGAGAGGUGUUUCAUUCUACGAAGUCUGCGCUGAGCCAAAAGCGAUCAUUUUGUAAAUUGUGUUUGAUGAAAUUGUACAUAAAAUUGUGGUUAGCCUAUGUGUAUUUUGAGUUGAUUUCGUUGGAUGUUUAUAAAAUUGUUUCGUAUCCAACGUAAUGUUUUGUACAGCUGAUUAAUUGUUUUUCAAUAUAUCUUAAAAAGGGGUAAAGAGAAAGAAGUUAACUAAAUGAUGCUAACUUCAUUAUAAACCUUGGAAGUGAUGGUUUACAAGUACAGUUAGACAUGUCUUUAUAUCUGAACGUUACAUUCAUAUAAAAGUCACUUAUGACAUCUCUUUUUCGUCAAGACGUAGUUGGAUCUUUGAUCGUUAAAAUGUGCAUUUUGCCUAUAUAUUUUACAAAUGUAUAAAUGAGAAGUAUUUCUUGACAACUCUAAGAAAAAAAAAACUAAAAGCAUCAUUGUAAAUGAGAAACAUUUUAAUUUCAGCAAGAACGGUUCGAUGAAAAUAAAACCUGUUAUUGCCCUGACGUAACGAAAGCAUAUACACCAUUUUACAGUGUACUUUUAAAAGUAAUUUAUUUAAAAAGCAACAGUAAGGCACAAUG